UCUAAUUCCGCCUCUCAAUACAUACAUGGUAGUGGACCUUCCCUUUCGCUUCGUCAUCUUGUUUAACAAAAUAACCUACCGUAACGUUUUGGAUCAUAAAGCGACACCAAAAGUAUGUCUGUUACAACAGAUCACAUCCGUGAUAAACUAAUCAAGGAGAUCGGAGCGGUGCAUGUGGAAGUUGAAGACACCUCCUCUAACAGAUGUGCUGCCAGCUUCAAAGUUCUAAUAGUGUCUCCCCAGUUUGAGGGGAAACCACUGCUGGCGAGACACAGGAUGGUGAACACCUGCUUGGCUGAAGAGCUAAAAGAGAUCCAUGCCUUUGAACAGAAGACGCUGACACCAGAACAGUGGGAGAAACAGAAAGCACAGUGAUGAAGACACACACUGACCAUAUUUACUUGACAACUUAUUAUGUGUAAAUAAGCAACACUUGCUCACACAAUGUUGACUUUCUGGCCUAACAUAUAUUUCAUUUCAGUCAAUGAUGACUGAAAUUAAGUAUUAAACAUGAUGACAAAACAA